AUGGCGCUCUUGAAACUCCAGACGGCUCUUGAGAAUGCCUUGGGCGAGCUCAGUCUGGAGGAGGGCGUGGAGGAGGGAGAUUGCGCAGGGUCUCAGUCGUCCGCCACACAGCCCAUGGAAAGAAGGGUAGAUGAGGGGGAGGAAAUGAUCGCGACGGGGGGAAAGGGUAGCAACGCCGUGUGGAACACCCGGAUGCCUUCUGUCGGGUACUGCAGCACAGCCUCCACUACACCGUUGGCAAGUGCAACCUCAGUCAUAGCUUCAGCUCUCGAGAGCAGAAGCGGGGAACUGACCCCAUCUGUGCAGGAAAGCACACGGGGCGAGCUAUUGAAUGCCCCGGGCCAGCAUGGCUUGCUGCCAGGAGGCCUGGGACACUUCCGUCUUGGCACUAGUUGUCUUCAGUCUGCCAAGGGGCCGUUGGAAGCUUUACCGAUGGAGCAGCGGAUCGAAGAGGCCGAGGCUGCAGAGGCGAAGCUGGAAGCCGCUUUAGUCGACCUGGUAUGCCUGAAGAAGAACCAGGCC